UCUGUGUCUGCGCGUCUGUGUCUGCGCGUCUGUGUCUGUCUGUGCUGCCAACCAUUCCCCCCCCCCCACCUUCUGUCCUUUUGCCCCCCUUGUCUUCCUCUGCACUCGCCCGUGUUCCUUCUGCCCCAUCUUCACAUUACUCUAUCCUCGCCACCACUAGGACGAUCAGUAUCGCGCGCGGCUGCACUGACUGACGAGAGGGAAGGAGGCAAGCAAGGACAGGGGAUACGUUCGACGUGACUACCACGAUGCAGGGCACGGUGUGGGCGCUGGUGGCUGAGCGGCUGGUGACGGCGGCAGCAUCACAGGCGCCUUUGGAAGAUGACUUUGAGAAACAGCCUCUGGAUGAGGCGUCGUUUCAUCCCGGCAUUGAGGACGUGCGAAGUGACCACGCGCGGACCUUCUUCAACCUCAUGCUGACCUGCCGUGAGCUCUACCACGACCUGCCCUGGGCAGUGCCAAGGUGCGUGGCAGUGCUCCUGAUAUUGAACGACUACGAGUUUGACAGCCCGGACCAACUCCAGCACGUUCGCUGCCUCGUGCUCCGCUGCUGCUGCACAACGGAUGAGCGAUGGCAUUGGCCCGACCUUGUACUUGUGGACUGUCCGCCGGAGCACGUCACCCGCGUGCUGCUGGCAGGCAGGAAGCAACUCAAGCCAUAAUGCACACGCGUGCGUGCGUAUGUGUGUGUUUGUAUGUGUGUCUGUACGUGCGCUUGAUGUACUGGUGUCCGUGUGCGUGUCUCUGUGUCCGUGUGCGUGUCUCUGUGUCCGUGUGAGUGUGUGUGGGCGUCUGUGCAUGCUUGCGCAUGAGUGUCGUGCUUAUCCCCCCAGCAUCCAGUCCAACCCUUUGCCAUCAAGCUCGGCCACCUUCAAAUCCAACGAGAGAGCAUGCCAUCUCUUCUCCGUUGCUCACCAACCGCGCGAUCCGCCUCCUCUCCGUUAUCAAUCUUUUGCUCCCUGUUGCUCCAGUACGUUAUCAUGUUGGCCGUUCAAACAUGUGUUAGUCCUUUGGCUAGUUCCUUCAACCUGGUGUGGCAGUGCCCGUUUCUUACGUUGUCGCGUUGUCGCGUUGUUGCGUUAA